AUGGUGUCUGGAGCAGCAGCACCAGGUAUCUACGAUGCAGCACUUCAACGUCGUCAAGCCUUGAUGGGCGCCAGUGGUCCAGCAGCACUGGUAAAAAAUUUCAGGGUCUUCAGUAUCGCCAUGUUUGCUUGCAUUGGUGGACUACUUUAUGGCUAUAACCAAGGUGUUUUCUCGGGAGUCUUGGUCAUGAACUCGUUCAAAGGUCAUAUGCAAGAUUAUGCUUCAGACAGACCCGAAGAUCAAUCAAAGAAAGGAUGGCUUACUUCAAUUCUCGAGCUUGGAGCUUGGUUUGGCUGUCUUUUCUCGGGCUUUGUAGCUGAGGUGUUCUCGCGUAAGCGUGGUAUCUUGUUUGCAACGGGUAUCUUCAUAAUAGGUGUAGUGGUCCAGGUAACCGCUAUUACCGGCGUUGGACACAACUCUAUUCUCGCAGGUCGAUUCAUUACUGGAAUGGGUGUCGGAUCCCUCUCGAUGAUAGUACCGAUGUACAACGCAGAAGUCGCACCACCAGAAGUUCGAGGAUCUCUCAUUGCUCUGCAGCAACUUGCGAUCUGUGCAGGAAUUAUGAUUUCCUUCUGGAUCGAUUAUGGUACCAACUACAUUGGUGGCACCGGAGCAACGCAGUCCGAUGCUGCUUGGCUUGUUCCCAUCUGUCUCCAACUCUUUCCUGCUGUCGUUCUUUUCGGCGGAAUUCUUUUCAUGCCAUUCUCUCCGCGUUGGCUUGUUCACCAUGGUCGAGAGGCGGAGGCUCGUAGCGUCCUUGCUCAACUUCGAGAUCUUCCACAAGACCACGAGCUAGUCGAGCUAGAGUUCAUGGAAAUUCAAGCACAGUCGAUGUUUGAGAAGCGCACACUCCGCGAGCACUUUCCUCACUUGGCAGAGUACACCCCUUGGAAUGUGUUUAAACUACAGUUCGUGGCUAUUGGCUCUCUGUUCAAAACCAAAGCGAUGUUCAAGCGCGUUAUUGUCGCAACGGUAACUAUGUUCUUUCAGCAAUGGACAGGAAUUAAUGCAGUCUUGUACUACGCUCCUACCAUCUUCAAAUCGCUUGGCUUGGGUGGUAAUACGACAUCUUUACUCGCCACUGGAGUUGUAGGAAUUGUCAUGUUCCUCGCUACAAUCCCCUCGGUUCUCUACAUUGACAAGCUUGGCCGCAAACCAAUCCUUACCAUCGGUGCUAUUGGUAUGGCUUCCUGCCAUAUUGUCAUUGCGGGCAUUGUCGCAAAGUAUCGAGACUCGUGGGAUACUCAUCCUGCUGCCGGCUGGGCCGCUGUUGCCAUGGUCUGGCUAUUUGUUGUACAUUUCGGUUACAGUUGGGGACCUUGCGCCUGGAUCAUUGUUGCCGAAAUCUGGCCUAUCUCAAACAGACCUUAUGGUAUCGCCUUAGGUGCUUCCAGUAACUGGAUGAACAACUUCAUUGUUGGUCAAGUCACACCGGACAUGAUUAGCGGAAUCUCCUACGGCACAUAUCUCGUUUUUGGUAUUCUGACUUUCAUCGGAGCCGCCUUCAUCUGGUGGUUUGUUCCUGAGACUAAGCGCCUGACACUCGAAGAAAUGGAUGUUAUCUUCGGAAGCGAAGGAACGGCACAGGCUGAUUUCGAGAGAAUGGAAGAGAUCAACAAGGAGAUUGGACUUGAUCGUCUCACUCGUAAUAUCGGUCAAAAUACUCCACCUGAGUAUGAUGAGAAGCAUGAGAAAGGAAUCCAUGAGGAGAUCAAGACAGGAUAG